GAGUGAACAUAGUCUGACAUAAGUAUAUGACAUAUUCACACACGUGCGCUCAAAAAUAACCUCCGUCAGUUUGUCAGUUCAUCACUCAAUUUUUACUCAUAAUUUUAACAAAAACCUGGGAAAUGGACAGCAACAUUGAAAUGGAUACAGAUACUAUUCUGGAAGAUGCCGAUAUGGAAGGCGACAGUUCCAGUGAAGAUGAAGGUGGUGAAGAAAAUGUCGAAAAGGGUGUUUACUUACCGGGAAAGCCACUAGAAGAAGAUGAAGAGUUGAUCUGUGACGAGUCGGCCUACGUUAUGUUACAUCAAGCACAUACCGGAGCUCCGUGCCUUAGCUUUGAUGUUAUUCAAGAUAAAUUGGGAGAAAGCCGUGAAUCGUUUCCCAUGACAGCAUACAUUGUUGCUGGAACGCAGGCAGCUAAAGCUCAUGUUAACAGCGUCAUCGUUAUGAAAAUGUCGAAUUUACAUCGUACAAGCAAAGAGCAGAAUGAAGAUGGUGAAGAAGAGGAGGAUGACAGUGACUCGGAUGUUGAUGAUGACGAAGAUGUGGACAGUAUUGAUAAGAAGAAGCCGAAAAUGGAAUGUGCGUUGAUCAAACAUCAAGGAUGUGUAAACAGAAUCCGGACUACUAACAUUGGUGACCAAACAAUCGUAGCUUCAUGGAGCGAGUUAGGUCGCGUGAACAUAUGGAAUGUAACAGAGCAGUUGGAUGUGGUAAAUGACGUCGAAAUGCUGAAGUCAUACGAAAAGGAAGCGAAAGGAGAUUUGGUAAAGCCAACAUACACGUUCAGUGGUCACCAAGAAGAAGGUUACGGAAUUGAUUGGAGUCCGACGGCUCCAGGUGUCUUAGCAAGUGGAGAUUGCCGCAGAGACAUUCACAUUUGGCAACCGUCUGAAGGUGGUACGUGGAAAGUAGACCAAAGACCGUUGAUCGGUCACACAGAGUCAGUUGAAGACUUACAAUGGAGUCCUAACGAGCGAAACGUGUUGGCAUCGUGUUCGGUCGAUAAAACUAUUCGAAUAUGGGAUUGCCGAGCAGCACCAUCCAAGGCAUGUAUGCUCACAUGUGACAAUGCACACGAUAGUGAUAUUAAUGUUAUAAGCUGGAACCGAAACGAACCGCUAAUAGCGAGCGGUGGUGACGACGGAGUCUUGCACAUUUGGGACCUUCGACAAUUCCAAUCAAAAACGCCAGUUGCUUCAUUUAAACAUCAUACCAAUCACAUUACAACAGUUGAAUGGCAUCCCACCGAUUCUACGGUAUUAGCGUCCGGUGGUGCUGAUGAUCAGAUUGCUAUUUGGGAUUUGGCGGUUGAACGAGACACUGAGGCCACCAGUUUGUCAGCACCAACGGAUGAAGGUGAGUUGAACAAUUUACCACCACAGCUGUUGUUUAUACAUCAAGGUCAAACCGAUGUGAAAGAGUUGCACUGGCACAAACAGCUGCCGGGAGUUAUUUUGUCAACGGCACACAGCGGUUUCAAUGUAUUCAAAACGAUUAGUGUGUAAAUAUAAAGAGCUUCAAUCACA